AUGACUGACAGUGGUACGCACUUGGGCAGACAUUCCUUUGCCACUGUGGAGUGUGACCCGCUGCAGACACUGCCGCCACGUCCCGGCCCCCGGCUCCCAUCUGGGGGCGUGGGGGGCGUGACGGGCAUGGGGGGUGAGGGGGGCGUGGGGGAUGAGGGGGGCGUGGGGGGAGAGGUGGCGCGGGGUCGUGGGGCAGGAAAGUGUCUGUUUGAAAACCAGGAGACGGGAUUCUUCUUGUGUGUGACGUCUGGCAGUGAAGCUGCAGACAGAGACCAGUAUCAGCUGCAAGAGGCCUGUUCUGUAGUGGAGGUGAGCGACUGGAGCCUCUCUGCAGAGGAGAGGGGCAGGAGGCUGGUCCAGGCGGCUGAGGUGGGGGCAGUGGGGGAGCUGAGGGCGCUGAUCGCCGCAGGGGCCGACGUGGGGGCGAGGGGCGGGGGUGGGUGGACCGCCCUGCACUGUGCAGCGUACAGGGGAGACAUCGAGGCGGUGAGGCUGCUGGUGGGGGCGGGGGCGGCGGUGGACGCCAGGACUGAGGGUGGGUUGACGCCGCUGCAUUACGCGGCAUUCAAUGGCCGCGCAGAAGUGGCGGCUGCGCUGCUCGACGCUGGGGCCGACAGGGGUGCCACAGAUGGUGGUGGGCGGACAGCGCUGGACAUCGCCAGGCGGUGCAACGAGAGGCGGCUGGUGGAGAUGCUGUCAUGA